GUGACAUCAGCGCAGAGACCUUCGUCAAACUGUCCAACCUCGUCGAGCUUGACCUGAGCAACAACUCACUGACGGCGGUCCCCUCAAAGUCCUUCUUCGAGGCGCCCUCGCUUCGGCGCCUCUCCUUGGCCGGAAAUCGACUUCGAGAAGUCCGAUCGGCGGCCUUUCUCAGCCUCGGUCGCUUGGUGGUGCUCGACUUGAGCUCCAAUUCGCUGGUCCACUUGGAAGCUGAUGCUUUUCGAGGUUUAAGAUCACUGCAGACGCUUAAAUUGGAGGGAAAUCAACUGGCCUCCAUUGCCGCCGCCGACUCCUUUGUGCAGUUUCUCCCGCCGAAGAUGGCCAGUCUGGGACUGCAUGACAAUCGCUGGCGGUGUGACUGUCACCUGAAGGCAGUGAGGGAGUGGAUUGCGGCGAAUAACGUUCCGCUUCCGGUGAAGCCGGUCUGCUCGGCGCCCGCUCGGUUGCAGG